GGCUCCAGCCCCUGCGGGACCCAGGGACGCUCGGGACGGCGACCCAGGUCGGGGCAUGUCGUGGAAGCUGUAUUGGGCGCGCGCGGGGCGGAAGGCAGGCUUCGACUUCGUGGCGCCUUCAGGCGAAGCCCUGGUCCGAGGCCGCGGCGCCAGGAUAGCGCCAAGGCCACCGGCCCGCGCUGCCGCGGGCGUGCCCUGCGCGCGCGGCCCCGGCGGCGAAACGCGCAGCUCGCCGGGAGGUUCGCCGACUCGGCCGCGCGGCGCCUCGCGGCGGGACGUGCAGGUCGUCCUCUUCGACCUGCUGGUCGGCUGCACGCUCAGCGGGGCGGUGUGCGCCGGCCCAGGCUCGCGCACCAUCGGCGUCGCCAUAGAUCGGCGGUGCCCGCUGGGCGUCCGCGUGCUCGAGGGGAAGGGCAUGCCCUGCGUCCCCGAGGAGCAACCCAUGGCCUGGUUCACGCGAGAGGGCCUCCGCUCCGCGGAGGACUUCUGGGCAGAGGCCGCCCGCAUCGUGCACUUGCUCGAGUGCGAGGGCGUGCCCCUCUCGGCGGAGGCGUCGGCCAUCGGCCCGAGCUGUCCGCGGCCGCGGCAGAGGCUCAGCUGUCCAGGGUUGCUGCUCCACGCGAGGGAAGCGCUGCUCCAGCGAGGGGCUGCGGGCAUGAAGACCGGGCGUGUCGUGAAGCGUGUCGUGCCCGUCGUUCCCGUGGCGGACGACGGCUAAUUAGGUGGAUGUCGGCCGGCGUCGCCCGUUCGCGCUCCAUGGAUUUUGUGGGAAUGACGUGUUCUGGCGGCCAUCGGCCAUCGCAAGAUUUUUUAUUUAAUUCGUAUCUCACACAGCACACAGCACAACCAAUGGCCUAUAAUGCAGCACGCGCACGAUGACUGGGCGUUUCGUGAGGCGUAUCGUGCCCGUCGCCUCCGUGGCGGACGACGGCUAGUUAGGUGGAUGGCGGCCGGGGUCGCCCGUUCACGCUUCAUGGAUCUUGUGGGAACGACGGGUUCGGGCGGCCAUAGGCCCUGCUUCUGCAGCGGCUGCUCCCGGAAUAGGCCCUUCGGGUGGCGGUGCUGGUGCACGCAGAGGCCCCUCGGGUGGCGUGCAUGCGGCUCCCGGGACCAGCCCUGGUGGUGGCGGUCCCGGUUCUGAGCCGAGCACUGCUGCCGUUGCGGCGGUUGCUCCCAGCACUGGCCGCCAGAGUGCCUCGACGAAGCGUGUGUCCCAUCGCGUCGAAACCCUUGGAAACAUCAGCCUUGUCAGGACGAGAGGGACCUUCAUGAUUCCACAGUCCUCGCGAGCAUCGGCCAGGCUGGCAUGAGCGGAACGCGAUACUGGAGCCUUGGCUAGAGGCCGCCCGGUAGUUAUAGUUGUGUUAGGAAGGUUCAUGGUUGCUCCGAUUGUAUAGGCCGAGCAGGCUUCCAAAGUCACGCUGGCCAUCUGGCUGGCUGGCUGGCUGGCGUGCGAGAGCAAUGUGGCAAGCAGCUGGUUUGUUCCGUUCCACCCUGCCCAUUGUUUCAGCCAAAGCUGUACUGUACAAGAAGACAUGGCCCGAAUGGCGAUCGACAGGUGACGUCACAAGCAUAGCACACGUACGCUGUUCAUGUUCAGACGGCUGCUCCGCAGAGGAGCCAAAUUACCCGAGGAUGAUUGAAGAUGACACUUGUUCGAUUGGGACGGGCCCCGUAGGCCGAUGGGGAGGGGGGAAAGAUGGCCAUGAGUGUCUUUACCGCCCCCAUGUCCUCCACCCUCAAGGACUUUGCAGCCGUGGCCUUCAGAUCAGGCAGGGUCCCCUGCCGCGAGGAGUCACGCGGAAGAGUGGGCGGCACACCAGUCGUGCGCAGGGACCCUUGCCGCGGAGAGUCACGCUACAGUGCGGGCGUCGCGCCAGUCGUGCGCGUUCAUCCCGUGCAUGAAAUCUCCAUGCGGGCUCUGCGAGCUCGCGCGGUUGGGAAAACGGCUCGUCGUCCUUCAUUUCCGUUUCCGUCACCUUUUCCUGUCUUUCCUCAUCGCCCCAUCUUUGUCAGGUUGCCGAGGCGCUGCGGGCUUUCCGCAGAGUGCAGUACAUAUUAGCAUGGUUACGAUGCGAAAGGUUCGGGUGCAGACGUCUUGCGAGAUCCAGCGGAUUAAGGUCCAGCGGGAAUUGCAGCCAUCCCAUUCGAAGGUGCACAGCCGAAGGCCCAGCUUCGGCAUCAAGUAGUCUCGUCCCAUAUGCUGGGGUAGCCCAUGUGAGAGAGAGAGAGAGACCGCGGAAAGGGAUUCGCGCGGGACAUUGUUUUGUCCUUCUCUUUUCCCAUCCGUUCGUUUCCCUUCCCUCGUUCCCUCCCCCCCCGCUGGCCCCCUCCUCCCCCUCCCCCUCCCCCUCCUCCUCCUCCUCCUCCUCCUCCUUCAGGUCUUCCAGGCAGCAUCCCUCCAGGGAUCGUGACGGGCCCAUUUAUCUAUCAUGCUCCGGCCCGCCUCAUGAGAGAGGGAGCCGCACCGCCCCUCUUGCUCUCCGACGUGUGCUUCUGCUCCGUGAGCCUCGGCGACGCGGUGGGCGCCAGCGUCGCUGGGUCACUCUGCUUGCUAUCCUGCCUAAAUGAUGUGGACAGGAAAGCAAAAUGAACGCGCAUUCUUAAAGCAAAUUAUUGGAGAAUCAUGAUUCCACUGUCUUCGCGAGCAUCGGCCAGGCUGGCAUGAGAGGAACACGAUACCGCAGUCUUGGCUAGAGGCCACCCUGUAGUUACACUAGGAGGCAGGACCUGGAGGCAGAGUUGGUGGUGGCGGAGUGGGGAGGUGCGAGAUACGAGACUAUUGUUUCCAGCCUUUUAAUUUUUCUCCAGCAGGUUCACAGCUGCUCCGAUUGUACAGGCCGAGCAGGCUUCCAGAGUGAUGCUGGGCAACCUGGCUGGCUGGCUGGCUGGCGUGCGAGAGCAAUGUGGUAAGCAGUUGUUUUUGUUCGUUCCACCCUGCCAAUUGUUUCAGUCAAAGCUGUGCAAGAAGACAUGGCCUGAAUGGCGAUCGACAAGUGACGUCACAAGCAUAGCACACGUACGCUGUGCAUGUUCGGACGGCUGCUUCGCAGAGAAGCCAAAUUCCCCGAGGCUCACUUGUUCGAUUGGGACGGGCCCCGUUGGCCGAUGGGGGGGAGAAGGCCAUGAGUGUCUUCACUGUCCCCUAUGUCCUCCACCCUCAAAUACUUUGCAGCCGUGGCCUUCAGAUCUGGCAGGGUCCCUUGCCGCGAAGAGUCACGUGGAAGAGUGGGCGGCGCGCCAGUCGUGCGCAGGGUCCCCUGUCACGGAGAAGUCACGCUACAGUGCGGGCGUCGCGCCAGUCGUGCGCGUCCAUCCCGUGCAUGUCAUUUACAGGCGGGCUCUGCGAGCUCGCGCGGUUGGGAAAAAAGGCUCUUCGUCCUUCAUUUCCGUUUCCGUCACCU